AUGUCCGCCGUGUCCGUGACCGUGACAGACCUACCAACCCCACCCUUUUCGCCGGACGGACUCGCAACUCCGGACGGCGACACAAUAGCGCCCGGCACAUUCCCGUUCUUUCCCCUGCUUCCGGCCGAGCUCCGUCUCAAGAUAUGGCACAUGUCCUUCCUCCCGCGCACCGUCGAACUCCACACGCGACGAACCCACUACGCCGAUGACGACGACAUGUGGUCGAACGCAAUCCCGAAAUGGCAGUCGCAGUCGCGCAACCCGGCCGCUUUGUCCGUCAACGCCGAGGCGCGCGCUGCCGCCCUCGAGUUCUACACGGUCGCCCUGCCGCUCGCACACCAACACCAGGGGCCCGGCGACCGGCUGCAGGACAGCGACCGCGUGCUGUACCUCAACCUAGAGCAGGAUAUGGUUGUGCUGCUCGGAGAGUUGCACUAUCUGCGCCUGACUAGGCUGCUGAAGUGGUUCCGUAAGAUGGACGAGGCUAGACAGUCACAACGGAGAAGUGGUGAUGGGAGGGAGGGAGUCGGGUUGAGAAGACUGGCUAUGAGCGUCGCGGCGUGGGCGCACGAGCGCGGGGCCGAGACGCUCAAGGCGUUUAAUAUUCCUGUGUUUGGCCAUAUCGAGGAGUUUGUCCUGUUCAUGUACAUGGACCGCAUGCCGCCGCCGGCUUGGAGUGGUGGAUCGUGUGUGCUUGAGGAGGCCUCGCCCGAUGAGGACCAUUACCGCCGCUUUGUUAUGGGCCGCGGAAAACAGUUCCGCGAUCGCCAACGUGGCGGUUGGAUGCAGGUUGGCCAGAGGCCGUUGAAGAUAGCCGAGAUACGAUUUGAUGAUGGGUGGUGA